UCCACCUCCAAACUGCACACGAGCGGGAAGUUUAAUUCUCUGUUUACAUUUUUGUCGACUGCUAAAAAGUAACAAAGUUUAUUGGUAAUGUUGCGAAUGCAUUUGGGAAUAUUUUAAACAGUUUAUUAAUUGAUAACAAUUAUUAUAAAAUAAAUUGAUGCCUUUCUAUUCUGGUUGCAAAUUGGCUAAACUAGCUAGCUUGUCAUCUCUAAAUGGAGACUGAGUUAUCUUUAUUUUAUUUGAUUGCAUGUCAUUAAACACAGCUGUGACUAGGAUUCAAAGCUAUCGUGAUACUGCAUAAAGUCACUCAGCCAUGUCUACAAACUCAGAGAAGAGCAGAUCUGAGGCUAAAUCAUUUGGACAGUGCACCUACACCGCAGAGGAGUAUCAAGCAGUGCACGAUGCUUUACGUCGGAAACUGGGUCCAGAGUACAUCAGCACCCGAAUGGCAGGAGGAGGGCAGAGGGUGUGUUAUAUCGAGGGUCAUCGUGUCAUCAGCCUGGCCAAUGAGAUGUUUGGAUACAAUGGCUGGUCUCACUCCAUCUCACAGCAGAAUGUGGACUUCGUGGACAUCAUUAAUGGCAAGUUCUAUGUAGGCGUCAGUGCCUUUGUCAAAGUAACACUAAAGGAUGGUUCGUUCCAUGAGGAUGUGGGCUAUGGAGUCAGUGAAGGCCUCAAGUCUAAAGCACUGUCUCUGGAGAAGGCCAGAAAGGAAGCAGUCACUGACGGAAUGAAGAGAGCUCUAAAAUGCUUCGGCAAUGCUCUUGGGAACUGCAUUCUGGAUAAGGAGUACCUCAUUUCUAUUAACAAAAUUCCCAAGCAGCCUCCAGCCCCUCUAGACCCAGCCCAAACCAAGCGUUCAGCAGGAGAGCCUGCUGUUGAGAAGGCUCGCUUUUCCAGUUUACUCCAAGAGAGAAAAAAAGUGUCAGUGGAACCUCCUAGAACCCCCUUGGAACAGAGAAACCUCAAACACCAGCACCAUCAAAAUCAAACAAACUCUGCCCCUGCACCCAGCUGUAGGACAGAUACAUUUAUUUCAAGAUCCAGCUCAAACCCAGUGGAUGCGACAAGCUCAGAGACAAUGACAGACCCCAAACAACUGCGGAAGCUCCGACAACAGCAACUGCAGCAGAAGUUCAGACAAGAAAUGGAGGCCAAGAAGAUGCAAGAGAAACAACAGCACUACCAGCCCCAUGAGACGGGGGGUGCCAACAAGAAUCACUCAAGCGGAGAUGACCCUGAGUUGUGGGACUUCACCCUGGAUGGGAUGGAUGAGCUUGUUGUCCCAGCGGAGGGGCCCAGCCGAGGGGACCGUCCCAGCACGCCCAGUAACCACCACAUGCAGACGCGCAGCAAGACCCCCCAGCGGCCACCCGGCACACCCCCCGAGCACGCACAUAACACAGGGCAGUAUAGGGCGCAGUAUCAAAACCAAGGUCACCAGACAAGAGGUGAGGCCUUCAGUCCAUACAGACAAGGACAACACAUGAAGAAACGCAGACUUGACACAUAACCUUGUCAUUACAUGGUAAUUUAUUAUGAGAUUUUUUUCUAGGUAUAUGCAGUGUUUGUUUUAGACCAAUUUUGUACAUAGAUUGACUCAUUAAAGAUGCACAAAAGUGUGGAGUCUGUGAAGCUUGAAUUGGGACCAUAUUUUAAGUUGCAUGUACAUUUGUAUGACACAAGUGUUCACUUGCUGAAUA